GGAUGGAGCGGAGCGGGCGGGGGCUGCGGGCAGCGCUGGCGGGCGGGCGGCUGUGCCGGCGGCUGCCCUGGCUGCUGCUGGCCAUCGUCCUGCUCGGCUCCGCUCUCAAGGACGGCGACAUGGUGCCCGAGACGCCCCUGCGGAACAAGCGCAACCCGCUCAACCUAUACUUUGUCAAGGUGGCUUGGGCAUGGACAUUCUGGCUUCUGCUGCCCUUCAUGGCAGUCACCACCUACCAGUUUGCCAAGGCCAAGUUCCUCUACGGGGCCACCAAGAGCUUUUUGAUGGUGCUGCGGCGUCUCAGCGCCCUGCUGGUGGGCACUGUCAUCUGGUAUGUCUGCACUGGGCUCUUCAUCUACAUUGAGAACCUCACUGGUACCUGCUCCACCUCGGGCCAGCCUGGCCAACCCCACCGGGUCUAUGCCACCAAGCAGGAAUGCCACCAGGACAAUGGCAUCUGGAGUGGAUUUGACAUCUCGGGGCACUGCUUCCUGCUCUCCUAUUGCACUCUGAUGAUUGUGGAGGAGGUAGCUGUGCUGGAAGGCUUGUCUGUAGACCAGAACUCUAAGCUGCAUGUUGUGAUCAACAGCCUGUUUGUCUCCUUGUGUUUUCUCUCCAUGAUCUGGGUGUUCAUGUUUCUCUGCACUGCCAUCUAUUUCCAUGACUUCAGUCAAAAGCUUCUUGGGGUACUGAUAGGGCUGUCAGCCUGGUAUGGGACAUACAGGUUUUGGUACUUAAAACCCUUUUCUCCUGGACUACCUCUUCCAAAUAUUCCUUUGAGUUCAAAGAAAUACAGUUAUAGCAGAUAAAAUGUUUUUAAAUGUUUGGGUUUUGCUUUCGGUGCUGAAAGUUUGCAGUAGUUGAAUGUAGAAAUGGUUAUGGUAUCUCCACAGUAAGGAACAAGGUGAUGGGCAGGGGGAACCAGAUCUGCACUAGCUGAUGGCUGGCAGGUAGUAAUGAACUUCUUCCUUGGGAGAGAUAAAAAGGAUAUUGGAAGAGGACUGCUCAUGUUGAGGAGCAAAGAAAUCAGAAGUUGGAUCUGUUUCUCACACUAAUAAAUGGAGGAGCAGAUCCAGGGCUGACAGAGGCCUUUGCUCUGUAAGAGCAUGACUGAUGUCAAAUUAAUUCUCUCUCUUUUAGAUUGAUUUAUGCCAAAAUACCGUGGAUGAUUCAAACAUCCUACUUCUGGUUGUGCUUUUUUUUUUAAUAUUCCUGAUUGUAUUGCCUUAUGGGAAAGGUCUAACAGUGACAGUGCUGCCAAGGGUUGCAAAAACAUCAGUGCUCCUCAAAGCAGUGGGUAGCCCUGUUGUGAAACUAGAACAUCUCACCUUAACAGGUGUUAUCUACACUAACUUGCCACGAAUGUUCCUUGGCUGUCUGCACCUUCUGCAACAGAGAGAGAAAAUGGGAGAUGUCAUGUCUUUAAGCAGACUGUGAAUCUCUGCAAAAUCUCUGCAAAAACAAGCCUUAACUUCCUCCUUACGUGAAGGAUCCGUAAUAAUAUUUUGUCAUUUCAUUCUCAGCACAAAAAAAACACCCAAACUCCUUCCAAUUUUGCUAAAAAGUCUAGUGUGAGAAUUGGGGUUUUAUGUUUAUUUUAAAAGUCUUUUAUGAGUUGCACACCUUGCAACAGUGAGUACUUGGUGGUGUGUUUCUUCUGGAAGAACAAGGAAAUUCUGUUGUGAGGAGCAAGUUAGCUAAACCUGUUGUUUCCCAACCAGCCUGCUUGGUAGUGAAUGAAACACAUUGUUUAUCCCAAGAGCUGCAAAGCAGUGUACUUGGAGCAAGAUUUAUUCCUGCUUACCCAGCAAUAUCCAUAAGCUGCCUCACUGAAUUGCACAUAAAGCUGUGGCCACCUCUGAUGUGGCUGCAAACCCACUACUGAAUAAAACACUACUAUUAGAUAAUGAAUAGGGAUGAAGUGGGAUGGGUUUCCUCAUCAUAUCAGUGAGACAUUUAGCAUCCUUUUUAUCCUGAGGAGCUUUUUGUUUCUUUCAUAAAGGUUUCUUCAUGUUGCAGUUUCACAUAAUCUGACACAUGUGAGUCUGAGAGCAGGCUUGAGCUGUCUGUGGUGUUUGGCUCCAAGGUGAGUAUUUUCCUGGAUAUGGGGUGUGAUGCACCACAGCCUCAUCUCCAGACCUUUCUUUUUGUCAUCUCACCAGCUCCCUUCCAGCAAGGGAGCAGCAGCAGCAGCAUUUGCAGUAAAUACAGCAGUGUUAAUUCCACACUUGUGAUCUGCCUCUUGGGAGAGCUGAACUCUUGAUUUUCCACUGAAUUCAGUGGCAUGUGGGAGUUGUGGUGUGUCCUGGGAAAGUACAAAUCACCUCCCAGAAAGAAACUCUUUAAAGGAGGUUGUGUGUUUUUUCUGUCAAGCUCCUCCUGUUGUUUUUUAAUUGAAUUGCCUUUUAAGCUGAGUCUUUGGGAAAUUUGCACUGAUUAACUCAUAUUUGGUUUAACUAAAUGUAUUUAAAUAAUGCAAAUGCAUUUGCAGACAUUCUUUUGAUAUGAGGUAAGCCUGUUCCCAGUAGAGUUAAGCUAGACCACAAGCCACUUUCACCAUGAAAAAGGAUUAUAUACCCAGAAGGUGUUCUGAUUAAUUUAAUUAGAUUUAAGUUUCUAUUUUAGGUUGUAUUUAUGUAACUUUGCUACAUAAAAAAAGCCUUGGAACAGGAAAUGCUAUUUAUUUAAACCAACUGACUUGCUGAAGUGAUCUUCAAUUUCAGAAAUGUUUUGUGCAGUCACUACCUGGAUAUUCCUCUGCACUUGUAACCAAUGUCAUACAAACUUUUUAUGAUGGAAGUUAUGUGGGAUAUGUUUAUUCUCAAAACUUUUAUUUAAACAAUGAAAGAAAAACAAA